AUGUGUUUGAAUUGCAAGGAGACGGUUGCAGCAGCCAGUGGUCACACUGUGGUGUUAGUAGACCAGUCAGAUGAAAUCCUUAAAAAAUCUACAAAAGGAAUUGAAGAGAGUUUGAAGAGAGUGACAAAGAAGAAGUUUGCAGAUAAGCCUGAGGCUGGUGUUGAGUUCAUUGAGAAGACCUUAAAGAACCUCACAACAAGCACUGAUGCAGUAGCAGUGGUCCACAGCACGGAUCUGGUGAUAGAAGCCAUUGUGGAGAACCAGGAAAUUAAAAAUGAACUCUUCAAGAGGCUGGAUAAGUUUGCUCCAGAGCAUACGAUAUUUGCGAGCAACACCUCAUCCUUGCAAAUCACGCAGUUGGCUAACUCAACCACCAGGCAGGACCGAUUUGGUGGUCUCCAUUUCUUCAAUCCUGUGCCAAUGAUGAAGCUCGUGGAGGUCAUCAAGACUCCAAUGACCAGCCAAAAGACUUUUGAAUCGCUUGUGGAUUUCAGUAAAGCAGUAGGAAAGAGUCCUGUCAGUUGUAAGGAUACUCCAGGGUUUAUUGUAAACCGUCUCUUGGUGCCAUAUAUGAUGGAAGCUGUUCGACUUUUCGAGAGAGGAGAUGCAUCAAAGGAAGAUAUUGAUGUUGCUAUGAAGCUUGGGGCUGGCUAUCCCAUGGGUCCAUUUGAACUGCUGGACUAUGUUGGGUUGGAUACCAGUAAAUACAUUAUAGAUGGUACUGCAUACUUAUUUUCUUCUAUUUUUCCCCUUUUUAGCUAAAUUGUAGGUGAAUGUUCUAAUGAAAAUCUGACUCUUAAAUUAGUUUGAACUAAAUGUUUAUGGCAUAGCCUUUUAACUGCUGAGGAGAAAGGAAUGAGAAUUCAGCUCAGAAUGCUGUAUGAGUACAGCGUUUGUAUUGUAUGCCUGUAGCCUAUGUACAUGGGGACAGAACAGCGGUGGUUUUGCUGACUUCAUCAAGUUCCAGUGGAAAAUAACAAUAAUGUUAGUGGAACUUUAUAAAGAAUCAGUGGGAGGAGAGACAUGUACUGGAGGUAAGAAAUUCUGAUGAAAAGCAACAAAUAUUGAGACUCCCUAUCCUUUUUCUGCCAGCCAUGUUUUCAUUCUCAGUUAAUAGAAAACCCAGCAAAUACCCUAAAAGGUGCAAGUAUACCAUGCCCCUUUCACUUCAGUUGAUAAGUGGAUGAAUGUCAGUACAAUAACAAAAAAAGAUAAUUGGAGACGGCUUGUUGAUGGUUGUUGUAUUAUUUUGAAUGAGCAGCUUAAAUAUUCUCCAAGGCUGAAUGUCACUUUCAGAAUGGCAUCUUCGAUGAAACCUCUUCUGCUUUUAGCUGGUGCUGU